GGAUAUAUCAUUGUGAGCCCUGCCAUGCCCAUGGUGUGUUGUUUUCCAACAUCAGUUAGAUUUUUGUGUUUGGAAGGCCUGUUGAGGGGUCUCACUGCUGUUUUCUACUUAGGAGCUCUGUCUUGACUGUUGUUUCGUGGUGUUUCUGGCUGGGAUGGAUUUCUUGUGGUUUGUUGCAGCAAUCCAGAUUGCUGCUGUACAAGAGGGCUCGGGUGAUUUUUUUCUGGACUUUUGUAAUUUCAGAUGCCGUUAAGGAGGGCUCGUCAGGCUUUCAUGGCCUGCUGUUUCCUCCUGCUCUGAAGGAGUGCACUUUGUCCAUGGCCUCCUGCUGUAUGGGCGGUUCCAUUGGGAAGAAAGGAUGCUACCGAUCCGGCAACCAAAUCUAUAGUAGAAAAUUCAAUUCCAAAUCCGUCCGACUCCCUCACCGAUAUCGCUGCCAAGUUUCAAAAGGUGAACCUUACUAUCACAGACAUGGUGGCACUGUCGGGCGCGCACACGUUGGGCGCCGCCAAUUGCAAGUCCUUCAUCUACCGAACGUCGGGAACUGGCGGAGACCCUAACAUGGACCCCAAAUUCAAGGCAGAACUGCAGCGCGUGUGCGGCGGCGGCCUCCUCAAUGGCAACGAUACGCAGAUCAUCAGCGGCAGCUUCGAGAAAGGCACGUUUCCGCUGGAUCCCACGCCCAGCUACUUCGACAACGCCUACUACCAGAGCUUGCUAAACCACACGGGGCUUCUGGCGUCGGACCAGCUGCUGGUUUCGAGCACGGAGGCCGACUUGGUGGCCACCACCAAAGUUCUGGUUGACAAGUACAGUGAGAAUAAAACCAUUUUCCAAAUAGACUUCGGGGCUUCCAUGGUGAAGAUGUCCACCAUAGGUGUGCUCACCGGGAAGGACGGACAGGUUCGCCAGAACUGCAGGAUGCCUAACUCGCAGAAAUUCGAGAGAAGGGGCUUCUAGCUAGCUGAAACUUAAUGGUUAAUUUUUAGUUUUGUGUUAUUUGAGAAUAAUGUCACAGGAGAUAUAUAGAGAUGGGGGUGGGGAUAUUGCGAAGAAGAUGUUUAAGAGAUUCCUUUGAUUCGGGUGGCCUUCCUGUACGUGUUCUAUACGUUAUUUGGUUUGAGAUUUGUGUGUGUUCGUUUUGGUGUUUGUGUUGGUUAAUUUCUAGCUUGU